AUGGCCACUGCUCCUGAUGUCUACUCAGCGGAGCCUACACACCCGGUCCUUGCGAGCUCCCUCCUCACUCAGCCAAAGCUCAGGACGACUGAUACAACGCGCUCUGCACAUGAAUCAACAGAUAUCAAUGACUGGAACCUCAAAGAUGACUGGGACGCCGGUAUCCAGUCUUCGGCUGGCACCUUCCGAUGCGGCGCUGUCAUCGGCUUCUCCAGACUGCGUAACCAAAGCAAAGAGAAUGACGAAUACAUCGCUCAGUCUACCGUUGGCCAGCCUCUCCCAAAAGAAGAUGCAAUCGAGCGGCUUAGUUCCGUGCAGUUACUCCCAAUUCACAACUUCCCAAAUGCCGCCCAGGCAAUUGGCAAGGUCUCAGACUCGCUACAAGAGCUUCAAACUCAACGCACGAACAACCACUCCGUCGUUUUAAUCGUCGUCAGCCUUGACACACUAUCUGAAGGCAUCAUCCGAGCUUCAAAUCCGGUCAAGGGGACCGCUUUGUUAGCAGCCACAUUACGGAACCUGACUCGGUUAUCCAGAGCAUAUGCCUCCUUUCUCUCGGUGAUGUUAGUCAAUACCAACGGACUCGGCCCACCAAACUUCGAAUCGGACCAGCAAUCAGAGAAGCAAAAGGCCCCAGUUGAAGAUGACACAAGAUUCUCUCGUGACGGUGGCAUCCACUCGAUCUUCCAAAUACCCGGCCCUUCACUCCUAUUUAACCUCCUUAUGAAAACCCUGGAUCAAGGCAUCGACACACACAUACUGCUCUCCGACGUCAAGUCAGCCAAGGUAGCAGAAGUGAUCAAAGACCGCGUCGGCCCCGGACUGGGUAAAUGGGGAAUAUGGACCUCAAAAUAG